UCCCGGCUGGAACGCGGGCUGCGGGCCGCGCGCCCCCGCCGCCGCCGCCACCGCCACCAUCACCGCCGCCGCCACCGCCACCAUGAGCCCGGCCGCCGCCCUCCGCGAGGCCACCCGGCUGCUGUGCGCGGCCGGCGGCGCCCUGGAGCUGGACGAGCUGCGCGGCCGCCUGGCGGGCACGGUGGGCGCGGAGCCCCUCGAGCGGCUGCUGCGCGACGGCGCCCGCCUGGUGGUGGCCCGGCGCGAGGGCGCGGGCGCGGGCGCGGGUGCGGGCGCCGCCGCCGCCGCCGAGCGGGUGGUGGUGCUGGCGGCCUCGGAGCUGCGCCUGUGCCGCGCGCCCCCGCCGGGCGCCAAGGUGGGCUGCCAGGGCUUCUGCUCGCAGCUGCACCUCUGCAAGUUCAUGGUCUACGGCGCCUGCAAGUUCCUCAAGGCCGGGAAGCCCUGCAGAAAUAGCCACAGCCUGACCACCCCCCACAAUGUGGGCGUGCUGCAGACCCAUGGAGUGGAUCACCUCAACUUCACAGAACUCUGCCAGCUGCUGUACCAGAAUGACCCCUGGCUGCUGCCCGAGAUCUGUCUCCACUACAACAAAGGAGAUGGGCCCUACGGCUCCUGCACCUUCCAGACGCACUGCAUCAAGCUGCACAUGUGCCAGUACUUCCUGCGGGGCCAGUGCAAGUUUGGCAGCAGCUGCAAGCGAUCUCACGAUUUCUCAUCUCCCGAGAACCUGGAAAAACUGCUGAAGAUGGGCCUGAGCUCAGACCUGGUGAGCAAGCUGCCUGACAUUUACCGGAACGCUUAUGACAUCAAGAAUAAGAACUCUUCGAGCCUCAGCAAAAGCCUAGUGCUGCCCGCCCAGGGGACCUCAGAGAAACGAGACCGCACAGCCUCUGCAUCCUCCAGCGCAACCUCUGCAUCCUCGAGCGUUUCCAGCCAGGGGGACAGCGAUCAGAUCUGCUUGUUCCACAUCCGGAAGAGCUGUAGCUUCCAAGAUAAGUGCAAUAAAGUUCAUUUCCACCUGCCGUACCGAUGGCAGUUCCUGGAUGGCAGCACUUGGAAGGAUCUGGACAAGAUGGAGCUUAUUGAAGAGGCCUAUAGCCACCCUCAAAAAGACAGGGUCACGUGUGCGGGAUCUGCCAACAGUUUCCCCUUGAACAUUCUGAACUUUCAUACCAUGAUGUUCGGCUCUUUCCGGGCCCGCCGCCUCUCCACCGUCUCCUCGGCCACCAGACCACCGCACUUCAUCUUCACCACCGAGUGGGUGUGGUACUGGACCGAUGAGCUGGGGGCUUGGCAGGAGUAUGGAAAACAAGGCACAAAGCACCCUGUGGCCACUGUGAGCAGCAGUGACUUGGAGAAGGCCUACCAGGAGUUCUGCAUGCCUGGCUCUGACGCCCAGACUGCCACGUUCAAGUUUCAGGCUGGAAGUCACAAAUAUGAGCUGGACUUCAAAGCCUUUGUUCAGAAAAACCUGGUCUACAGCACAGUGAGGAAGGUUUGCCGCAGACCCAAAUAUGUGUCCCCGAAGGAUGUAAAAGGAAAGCAGACCUGCCAUGUCAACUUCCAAGGCCCAAAGAAUAUCCCAGACCAUUGGGACCCAUCGGCUCUGCCGGACCCCGGGUUUAAGAAAAUCCUACUGAACUCGUCCUCUGAGGAGUAUCAGCAGAUCUGGAAACUCUUCAACCAAACGCUGCCUUGCUGUUCUGUGCAGAAGAUCGAGCGUGUUCAGAACCUGGCCCUCUGGGAAGUUUACCAGUGGCAAAAGGCACAGAUGCAGAAGAGAAAUGGAGACGAGAAGGUGGACGAGAGGCAGCUGUUCCAUGGCACCAGCUCCACCUAUGUCGACGCCAUCUGCCAGCAGAACUUUGACUGGCGGAUCUGCGGGCUGCACGGCACAUCCUAUGGCAAGGGGAGCUACUUCGCCCGAGACGCCGCCUACUCGCACCACUACUGCAAGUCGGAUCUGCACUCCAAGACCAUGUUCGUGGCGCGGGUGCUGGUGGGCGAGUUCAUCCGUGGGAACCCCACUUUUGUACGCCCCCCAGCCAGGGAGGGCCAGAGCAACCUUUUCUAUGAUAGCUGUGUCAAUAGCGUAACCGACCCGUCUAUCUUUGUGAUCUUCGAGAAGCAUCAGGCGUAUCCCGAGUAUGUCAUCCACUAUACAGCCCCCCCUGACAGGGACGCGGGGCUGUCCCAGGGGGUACAGUCCAGCAUUUUCUACCUGUCCUCUUUCUUUGGAGGUCGGCGGUGAACCCCACCUGCCCAAACAGGGUGCCCAUGUGCUCUCUGGCCUCUGUGCUUGGCAAUGGCUCUCUGAGGUGGGGCGGCUAGAUUUUAAACCAUUUUAAUGGCCUCUUCUUGAUUGCCUUCACCAAGGGCUUACAUUCCUAAUCUCUAGCGGAUAGUUUUGACUUUUAAGUCACUGGGGCAUGCUUGUGCAAAGGCCCCUUGGCUGCUUUUACUAAGAUAUUAAGGUUUUACUGUUCACUCUCAGUGACUUUGCUCCCCAUGCACACAGCUCAGGUACUGUUUUAUGGAUUGAUUUUAAUUUGAAGAAUUUGUCUCUCUAGUCUUCCGUGGGGAGGGAGAGGCGCCUAUGGGACCAGUCACUUCUCCCCAGUGGUGUAAUAGUGGAGGCCCAUGCAACAUCUGUGGGGGUUGGGUGACCCUGCUUUGACUCAGGCAGCCACUCCUGGGCUUCUGGCCUCGGAGGUAGCCGCAGUGGGGGGCUUCCCCACACCUCCAGAGUUGCCAACCCCUUUUGAGCUGGAUUCGGUUCAAGUCCUUGUUGGAUUUGGAUGAUGGUGCUGCAACUGUCACACGAGUCUGAGAAUA